AUGACUUAAAAUAAACGCACACUUGCAAGCUAAAAGCCUAAAGCAGUAAAACCUCCCCCAAAAACACGGCAUAAAGUGACAAAAAAAACCUAUGGCACGAGAAGUUUCUGAAUUUUGUCUGCUAAGCUUUCUAGUUUAGUAGUUUUCCCAGCAUCCAAUCUCUUUAGCUAGUUCCUGCUCCUUUUCUGCUACAAGCUUGAAACAAAGAUCUCAAGUUUCAAGGAAAACAAAGAAAUGAGACUUGGAUUUGCUUCUGGGAGCUUCAUCCUAUGCUCCUUACUUGUCUUUUUGAUUCUACAAGACAGUGGAGCUAGAAAGAUAGCUACAACAUCUGAGAUAGACAUUCAUUUGAAGGAAAUAUCCUAUGACUUGCAAAAGCUUGCUACAGUGAGUCUUGUACUUGACAAUAUUAUUCAGCUUGAAGGCUCUGGUAUAGAAAAGAAUAAGAGGCAUGUCCAUAAAGAUGAUGAUGAGGAUGAUGAUGAUGAUGAUGAUGAAGAAGAAGAAGAAGAAGAAGAAGAAGACAACGAAAAAGAUGAUGAUGAUGAUGAGGAGGAGGGGGAUGAUGAUGAACACAGAAAGAUCACUGGAAAGGAUGUGCAUGCUUAUAAGCCAUCCCAUGUGGAUCACAAUCACAUGGACCUUGAACUGAAUGUGUUUUUCACCCCAAAAGAUUUAAAGGUUGGGAAAAUAAUGCCAAUCUAUUUCUCCAAGAAGAAUUCUUCAACAUCUCCAAAAUUUCUGACCAGAGAAGAAGCUGACAAGAUUCCUUUCUCAUCAAAACACCUACCAUCCCUUCUCAAAUUCUUCUCCAUGUCAAAACACUCUCCCCAAGCCAAGGCCAUGAAGUACACACUCAAACAAUGUGAAUUUGAAUCCAUGGAAGGAGAGACCAAGUUCUGUGCCACUUCCUUGGAGUCCUUGUUUGACUUUGCACACUACCUGUUUGGUUCAAAUGCACAGUUCAAAGUUCUGACCACUGUCCAUCUCACAAGCUCCAUACCCCUUUUACAAAACUACACAGUCUCAGAAGUGAAAGUGAUUUCAGCUACAAACGUGAUAGGGUGUCACCCAAUGCCUUACCCCUAUGCAGUUUUUUACUGCCACAGCCAGCACAGUGACACCAAUCUCUAUGAAGUCUUGGUAGAAGGUGAGAAUGGAGGGAGUGUUCAAGCUGCAGCUAUUUGCCACAUGGACACCUCUAAGUGGGACCCAGACCACGUGUCCUUUCGUGUGCUCAAUGUUGAGCCAGGAACCUCCCCUGUGUGUCAUUUCUUCCCUUCUGAUAAUCUAGUCUGGGUGCCUCUCCAUAACUAGAUCCAUGUUCUUCAUCAAAGUUUGUUCGGUUUCUGUAACUGUGCCUGGAAUAACCUUAGUUUUAGAAUUGGUGUACUAGGAAAUGGCUUCUUCAUGAAAAACUAUGUAUCUAUGUUAAUAAAGAUGUUAUUUUGUUGUGUCUUUGAAUAGAACCUUAAAGUAAUUUCUUUUUA